UUUUGAAUCUGACAACCCUGUUUCAGAUUUGUGUGUGCCGGCAUCGCACGUGAACGUGUCGCAAAAAUCUCAAUAAAUUAGUGAAAUCACAAUGUCUGACGAAUAUUUCUAUGGUGUAACCCUCUCAUCUUCACAUCAGUCGGAAACAUGGGACCCAGAGGCGAAAGCGGAGUACCCCCGCAGUAAUAAACUGUUAAUUCGCCAAGCUCUGCUCGGCCCGGACGCCAAACCCGACGAACUCAACGUCGUACAGGUGGAGACCAUGUGUCUACAAGACUCCAUCAAGAUUCCAGUGGCCAUACUGAAAGUGGGAGAGACGAGGCAAGCGCGCCUUGACAUUGAAUUUCCUGAUGCUCCUGUCACCUUCACACUUAUCCAGGGCUCCGGACCGGUGCACUUAAUCGGCCAGCACCUGCUCGGAGCGCUGGUGGAGGAGUUCGAAGACAUGGAAGAGAUGGAGGAGGAGAUGCUUGACGAGGAGGAGGGAGAUGACUCCCAGUUCAAGGAAGAUGAGAAUAAAAGGAAAGGAUCUGCGGGAAAGCGCAAGACGAAUGAGGACGAAGACGAUGAGGAAGGCGAACCCAAGGGCAAGAAGGCGAAAAUGUCCAACAACGCUAAAGGCAAGCAACCCUCGCCCAAGAAGAACGCCAAGAAGUGAGCGCUCCCCCCUCCCCCCCGCGCGCCGCGCCCCCGCCCUCACGAUCCCGCUAAAGACUGACUUACUUCAUCCCCUCAUGCCGUAGCCCGGAUCAUACCAGUUCUGUUGAAGUCCCGCGGGGGCCGGCGCCGUCCUAGUGCGGUAACAUAGGUUAGUGUGAGAGCGAGCGAGGUGCGGACGCGUGUGUGUUUCGGUGAAUGCUGUUGUCGGUCGUAUAAUUUGAUCCUAUUUUUGGAUUAUUUAUAAGCGUGAUUUCUUACACUUUUUUUUUGUACUCAUAUUUUCAUUCCUUACUGUGGUAUAGCGUGCGACGUCGGAUUCGCGCGUAUUUUUAAGUUAAGCGUAAUGGGUGUAAGAUAAGAAACGAUUUGUAAUGGAAUCCGCAGAUUUACAUAAAAUUGCUAACGAUUUCUCUUUUCAGAAUGAAAAACUAUUAUAGUUUGUUUGUACAUAUACAUUAAAACAUAAGGACGGUAAUAAUAAAACAUUUCUAAACAUUC